GCUAGUUGUGCCUCCUCCACGCUGAGAUUUCCCCAUUAAAGACGCAAGUGACCUGAGCAUUAUCUCGUGACAUUUCUUCUGAUUUCUCAACCCCACCUUUUUCUAUUCCCCUCUUCUUCUUCUUCUCUCUUCUCCAAUUGCAUUCGCCACCUUAUUAAUUAACCAUCUGAAUCCCUUUCUUCUUCACUCUAUUUUAUAAUUUCAUUUUUUUCUAUAUAUUCCGUGCUACUCCAUUUUCCCUUUUCACCAUAUUUAAUUUCCCUUUUUCUUGCGUUGUGUAUUAUUUCUUUUUGUUCUUAUUUAUAUGCAUGAUUCUCUUUGUUUGUUAACUAAGCAAAUAAUAUGAGUAACACAAUGAGGCCUAGGGUCAAGGUCAUGUUCUAUAUUGCUUAUGACAGGGGUUAGCAAACUCUAGUUCUUUUUUUUUUUUUUUUUGGGACCUGUUUGAUUCUUCACCCUCGUUCAUAUCAAAUUCGUUUGUUGUUUGUUGAUCAUCACCAUCACAUAGUGAUAUAAGCACAUAUAUAUAUAUACACACAGUAAUACUUCUUGUUCAUAUCUAUAUAUAUAUAUACACACACUGUGUACGGCCAGAAAAAUGAAUUGGAUCAAGGAAAAGCCAAAAAAGGGCAACUUGAUCAUCAAAACUUGGGAGAGAUGCAAGUCAAUCGGGCGCGGAGGUCGGAAGAGCUCGCCGGGAAAGGCUAGAGCUCUGAAACUGAAGAGCCGAUCAUGGCCACGCAUUGAUUGUACGAUGCCGCGGGAAGUAGAAGAAAAACGUGAAAAGAAAGGCAGAGUUGCGCCUGAUGGGUGUUUCUCGGUCUAUGUGGGACCCCAAAAGCAGAGGUUCGUGGUGAAAACAGAGUAUGCGAACCACCCUCUGUUCAAGAUGUUGCUUGAAGAAGCCGAGUCAGAGUUCGGUUACGAUAGCCAAGGCCCUCUUGUCCUUCCUUGCAACGUCGAGAUUUUUUGCAAGGUGUUGAUGGAAAUGGACGAUGCCGGCGAUACCGAUAAGAUCCAUCGAGGCUGCGGUGGAUUUGCUAAGCGCCAUGGAUCUUAUCACCUUCUUAGCCCUUCUCAUAUGGUUGCCAUAAAUCAGUUCUAGUUAUCUUAAGCAUUAUUGUUGUUACUAAUAAAUUAAGCUUUUGCACUAUAUCCAUCUGUUUGAUAUAAUUAUGUGGUAUUUAAGUCCUGUAUUAAGUACAAUGAAUCAUAUGUAUUUGAAGAGGGCAUGAUAUAUACAAAUUCAAGCUCUCUGUCUCUCUGAUCUAUAUGGACAGUAUAUGCAUC